AUGAAUGAACAAUUAAUUGAUAAUGUUUUUAUCAAGAAAUCAAAUGAAUAUAAACAAUCAACAUUAUCACCAUUAACUGACAUGGCUGAUAGUGGUAUUGUUAGUCGUAUAACACCAUUAUCAUCAAUAAAUGAAAAUAAACUUAACAUUCAUCACUAUGAUGAUGAGUCGAUAACAACUGAAAAUCAAAGUUUGUCAUUUAAUUUAACUAAUAUUAGUAAAUUAGUACUUAAGUACAAAAAAUGUGAAGAAUAUGUACGAUAUCCUAAUUGUCUGAUAACUUAUCUUGAUCAUCCAUCCGCUAUAUUUCUUCAAAUAUUUGAAGAUGGUUCUGCUUUUCAACAAAUGCAUCAAGAUAUAAAUCGAUUUUAUAUGAAUAAUCUAAAUGCAUAUUCAAAUAUUUCAACAAAAUAUUUUGAAAUAGGAGAUUUUUGUGUGGCUUAUUCAUCUCAAUAUUUUGAAUUUUUUCGUGCUAGAAUUCUAAAUAUUGAUCAUAGAAAUAAACAAUAUUUAGUCAUAUAUGUUGAUUUUGGUAAUUCAGAAUGGAUACAUAUAAAAGGUAUUCGUCCUCUUUAUAUUGAAUUUACAAAAUUAAAAAUUCAAAGUAUUCCUGUAACACUUUCUCAUAUUCUUCCAAAAAAAGAUUUAAAAACUGAUACAAUCAAUUGGAAUACAGACAUAGGUAAACAAUGUACACGAAAAUUACGUCGAUUAUUAAUUAAACCUGAUAGUGAACCAUUUUUAUUUGUAUCUGUAACAUUUCUAUCGAAUGAAAAUUGGUGGCCAUUACAUUUUGUUGAUAUUAAAAUUGAUGGUCAGGAUUUAGCUAAUAUACUUCAUAAUGAUGGACUUGCACGUCUUACACGUAAUAAUAAAGAUUUAAAAAUAAUCUAUCCAAAUUUUGGUAAACAUCCGAGUGAACAACUUAUUUUUGGUAUACAAUUAUCGAAAUGA